UAUCUCUCCGAUUUUCUGGAAAGAAAAAAAAAGCAAUCACACACAAUCGAAGAUAACGGCUUCCGUUUCACGCGUUCCAUCUUAUCCCUCCAGCUCCAGCCUCCAGGCUCACACUUGAAGCAGCAAGCUCCAAGGUCCCGCGUCCCGCAUCCUACGUCCCACCUUCCCCUCUCCUUUCCUUUGCACGCAGCAAGCACCCUCGACGCACCCCACCUUCGGAGAAGACGCGACGUUCAAUUUAAACCGUCCCUUCCUGGCAAGUCGCGAGCCACUCGAUUGGACCCCCAAUUUGCCCGCUGGAGACUUUCCCUCGUCAGAGAUUCGCCCUCGGCCUUUCCACACAUCUCCACUGACGCAACCGGGACGAGGAUCUUGGUGCCAGAGACCGCCAGGCGACCACACACUCCCGUCACACACCGCACCGGACUCUUUCUUUCACCUACCUUGCCAGUGCCUUACGCUGUGGCCAAGCUCAACACAGACCCCUGACACCGGAGAGUCGCGUCUUGUCACAGCACGCAGUCACGCAGGCACACCUUACCCUCGACCGUUUCUAGCCCACGACGAGCCUUGAAGAGACGAGACUUAGCUUUCUUUUGCCCUACCGUUGCCAACCUACCCUGCCUAGCCAGUGUUUACCGUCCGGGGUUAUUAGUCCAAGAAACUUUCUCAGUCCGCUUCGUCCAUUCUGGGGACCGUCUGUUAAUCACCACUCGCUCGCUUCAUUCUUUUUUGGCUUUCACCUGACCAAAUAAUCCGCCGUACGUCCCUCGAACCACCAGCACACGUUUCUUCGCGAGUGUCAACCCUCUUGCUUGCCGACCCUCUGGACGCUGCUGUGCACCCAGUUUCCUUUACACGGCCGUUGUAUUUGCAAAUAGACCUCUCCGACCUGUACAUACCUUGAAUCGUUGCCACAUUGGUCAUCGCACCCCCUCACGUUGCCUAUCGCAUAGCUUUGAGACCACCGCCGAUACCUAGCUGAGACGAGACGUCGACACCCUCUGCUCGACCACUACCGCACCCUCCACAAUAUCACGUACCCGCCCAAGAGCUUACACAUAAUCCAACCCGACUCUCGAGCUUCAGAGCAUUCGACUUUCUCAGCAUAACCGAAAUAAUGGCUACGGCAAACGAAGAGACGCCGUCGUUCCGAUGCGACUCCCCAUCAUCAGAUGCAUCCCCAACCCCAGCUAUUGGCGCUUGCCCCGAGCUUUCUCGCUGCGUCUCGACUGCUUCUUCAGUCUCCCAUGGAUCCGCCACCGAGGGCAACUCUCGUGAAUCUCUGGGAAGCUUCCGAGGCAGCACCUACUCCAGACAGUCCUCUGGGAACUACAGCCGCCGCUCCGAUAUCAGCUUCGCAUCGUCUCGACAGUCCACUUGCAGCAGCGUGGAAGUUGGCCGCUCUUCUAGUCGCCGCCGAGGCUUUGUUCGACCGCAGGGCACCGACUUCGCUGCGAGUGCUCGUCACAGAGAAAGCGUACUCAGCCUGGGAAGCAUCGCCCACCUACAGUAUUAUUUUGCGCGGACCGGUCUUCUCGACGGCAAGGGUGCUCAGCUAGCAAGAAAGAACAAGGCCAAAGGAGGACUGGAUCUCUCCUCUGUCAGCAGCUCCAGCUCGAACUCGCCAGGUAUCGUUGAUUCAGGGGGCAACAGCCCAGAGCUAGGCUCUCAACCUUUUGGCACAGGACCCAUGGUGGAAUCGCCUACCGAUGACCACUACUACUCUGACGAUUUCGAAGAGGACCCGGAUGUUCUGCCUCCGACCGCGAGCACUUACAUUCACAGAAAUAAGCCGGUGCCGAAGCCUCCUACAAUCGAAGAGCUCAAGGCGGACUUGACAGGAUCUCUCGAGAAGGCGGCUCAGGCCUUAAGACACGCAAAAAAGCAUAGGGAUAGCAGCCCUGUGCCGGAACUGCCGGAGAUUCCUACAAGAGGACAAAGCGAGCCCCCCAAGAAAACAUCAACAGGCUGGCAUGAGGUUCAGGGCAUGCACAUUCUUGAUGUCAUGACACUGGCCAUUCGAGCUGCCAGGAACUAUUACACAGCGCAUGAAGUCCCCGAGCGACUUGACGCCAUCAAAUCUGAAAAAGAGAUCCGCACGGAACUGCUCUCUGUCAUGGAGACCUUGAAGCAGAUGGCAACUCGACAAUGGUCAGGCGGAAUGAAAGACGAGGAGCUGCGCAUCCUCGAAUCGUGGAUUUCCGGACUUUUCAGCAUGUUGAAGAUUGAAGAGGAGAUGAUUGAGGCAGAAAAGGCGGAGCGAAGCUCUUGGACAUGGCUGCAGGGUGACUGGGCUGGCAAAGAAGUGGAAAGAGAAUUAGCUUUCAUGGCUUCUCUCGUCCCUCAGGCCGACCCACUACCAGACUACACGCCUGCAGCUCACGCAAGCGAGUGUCCGACGCCUUAUCUCACCAGUUUGCAGAAUGGCAUUCACCUCAUUGAACUGCACAAUGCGGCGGUGAAGAGGUCAAAACGGCGAUUCGGCUUGAUUACCACAUUCCACACCGACACAGACAAGCCGUACCGGUCUGCAGACAAUAUCAGAUAUUGGGCCAAAGCAGCAGAGCUGCGCUGGGAAGUGCUGCUCAAGGUGGAUGCCUUGGGUAUUGUUUACAAUAAUUCUCCCGAAGUCUGGGUUAACUUUGAGAAGGCUAUCAUGGAUUGGAGCCGAAAGGUCCGCGAGGAGAUUACUUCUGAACUUUUGGGCUAAGCAUUUGCUUGUCCCAGGCUGCUGUCGUUAUGAUUUAUGCACCCAAAUACCCGUCUUUUCUGGAGUUCUGUGGUGGAAUUUGGUUUUCAUUUGUUACAUUUAUCCCCUAGGCGGCUUUGAAUCUAUGCAGUACACACACACUCGACGGUUUGCAUGUUAUCUCGCAACGCCAUCUAGAUUAUGGGGAUUCUAGGAGAUUGAAGUGUGGAAAAUUGAUGGUCCAUCAAUGGACGCGAGAUAGGGCAUUCGGGCGUUGGACAUUUGUUUCUUACCAUUCUUAGUACAUAACUUUACUGGAGGCUUAUCCCUCCUAAUUGAUAUUGAUCUACGACCA